AUGUACGGACUGCCACUCCUCGUCGCGGGAGCAGCUCUCUCGGCUGGAGCUGCUGCCGCGGACUCGACGUCGUACCUCAAAGUCAUGGCUGAUUCCUACAUCCGACGUGGUGUGCGGGCCGGCUAUCACUACGGCGAGGCUACUCUAUACACGGGCCUGGAGACCACUCUCACCCAGACCAAGAACGAGAGCAUCAAGUCGUGGUACAAGAACCAGAUCGAUACCGGUGUCCUCGGCGAGGACGGCAACCUUAUUGACUGGAACUUGACCUACUACUCGCUCGACGACUAUCGCAUCGGUAACAACCUGAUCUGGUGGCACGAGCAGACGGGCGAGGAGAAGUACGCCGCCGCCGCCAAGGUCAUCCGCGAGCAGCUGAACCGACACCCGCGCAAUGCUGGUGGCGGCUUCUGGCACCGUCAGCCCAACUACCCCAACCAGAUGUGGCUCGACGGCAUCUUCAUGGCCGACAGCUUCUACUCCAAGUGGACCAGCGUCUACGACCCCGACAACUCCACUGCCUGGGACGACAUCAUCCUGCAGUACGAUCUCAUCGAGGAGCGAACCCGCAACCACACCACCAACCUGCUCGUCCACGGCUACGACCACGGUAAGACAGCAGUGUGGGCAGACCCCGUGACGGGAGCUGCGCCUCUCGUCUGGGGCCGUGCCGUCGGAUGGUACUACAUGUCCCUCCUUGAGGCCAUUGAGACGUUCCCUGAAUCGCACGCUGGCCACGCACGCCUCGUCAACUACUUCAAGACCCUCUCCAAGGGCCUCAAGGAGGCAGACGAGAAGGACGGCGGCUGGUGGCUCAUCCUGACGGACCCCUACCCCGGGGCCGCUGGCAACUACAUUGAGAGCAGUGCCCACGCCAUGUUUGUCUAUGGAUUGCUCAAGGGUAUCCGAACUGGUCUCCUCGACAAGAACGAGUAUCAGGCGGUGGCGAGCAGCUCGUACAAGGCCAUGAUUGACAAGUUUGUCACGGAGAACGAUGACGGCACGCUCAACUUCAUUGAGACUGUCCAGGUCGGAUCUCUCAGCUCCAACGGCACCUACGAAUACUACAUUGGUGUCCCGAGGGUUAUCAACGACAACAGGGCUGGCGGUCCCUUCUUGCUGGCUGCCGCAGAAUGGGAGUUGAAGUGCAAGAAAUGA